GUUUUCUGCUUCCUAUUGUACCGGGGAAGGCGACAAUGCUGUUAAGAUCAAUCUUAAUCUCGCAACACGAGCCCUGAAAUCGAAGCUUCAGUUUUAACUAUCUACCCUCUCAUCGAACACCAUUCAAGACAGACGUCAUUUCUUUACGAAGGAAACUUUCGAAAUCCACAACUGCAGGACCGCAUACUCGAUAAUCUACGCGCACACAACAAGGUUCCCUCUCUCCAUCUUAGUUUCUCGCCAGAAUGGCGACCCCAUCACGACCAGCGCCGCAAGCUACCAAUGGCAUCUAUACUCCAGAGCAUGCACGCCAACAUACUCGAGCGCAAAGCUCAUUUCGCGGCUGCUCCAGAAUUUCAGAUUAUGAGGUCAUGGGCAAGAUUGGAGAGGGUACAUUCGGAGAAGUACACAAAGCCAAAUCCAAGAAAACUGGCAUGGUUGUUGCUCUGAAAAAGAUCCUGAUGAUCAACGAGAAGGAUGGAUUUCCAAUUACAGCUCUUCGCGAAAUCAAAACCCUCAAGCUCCUUUCGCAUGAAAAUGUUUUGAGUCUGGAGGAGAUGGCUGUCGAGCACCCACAGAAGAACACCGACAAGAAGAAGAAGGCCAUUAUGUACAUGGUCACUCCCUAUUUCGACCACGAUUUAUCAGGCCUUUUGAAGAACCCAAAUAUUCAUUUUACGGAACCACAGAUCAAGUGUUAUAUGCUGCAGCUACUCAAGGGGAUGGAAUUCAUUCACAACAACAACAUUCUUCACCGAGAUAUCAAAGCUGCGAACAUCCUGAUCAAUAAUAAAGGUAUACUUCAAAUUGCCGAUUUUGGUUUGGCGCGACACUAUAAUGAGCCUGUGCCAGUUGCGGGAAAGGGGAAUGGAGAAGCAAAAGCGCAUUAUACUGUUGUGGUAGUUACAAGAUGGUACCGUCCUCCGGAACUUUUUUUGGAACUGCAAAAUUAUACCCCAGCAAUUGAUAUUUGGGGAGUCGGUUGUGUCUUUGGCGAAAUGUUCCUUGGAAAACCAAUCCUCCAGGGUGAGAGCGAGGAGCAGCAGCUUAAACUUAUUUUCGAUUUGUGUGGUACCCCCAACGAGGAGAAUAUGCCUGGAUGGAGGUUGUUACCCAAAGCUCAGGGACUCAACUUCAGCCCACCACGCCCUUCGACGUUAGCACAGAAAUUUCGAGAACAAGGCUCAGGUGCUAUCUCUUUAUUGCAGGAAUUGCUUAAACUCGACUGGAAGAAGCGCACCAACGCGAUCGAUGCAUUGAAGCAUCCAUACUUCAAAAACUCUCCUUUACCGCUAGAUCCGCACGACAUACCAAUUCUAGAAUCAUCACAUGAAUUCGAUUCAAAGCAGCAUCGGGGCCAAAAACAGGCCCCACCACCUCCCAAAGGAGGCGAUGUAGGCAUGGGACCGGAUCAGUGGGACCGAAAUGGAAGCGGGCAAGGAUAUGAUAACUAUUCCAGUAAUCGAAGUCACCAAAACGGCCGCUACCCUCCCCCUCCUCCUACGCACGGUGGUUAUAGAAAUAGUGGCCCACCGCAUCAGCAAUAUGAUGACCGCAAACCAGCUUGGAGAAGAGAUGAUCGAGGUUUGCCACCGCGACCACCGCCGCCCACUGAUUUCGCUUAUGAUGGUGGAAGAUCAGAUUCACAUGGUCAUCGAUCCAGAUCUCAAGAUCUAGAUGGUCGCGGUCAUCGUGAUCGUGAUCACGCGCCUCUUCCUCGCAGUAGAGCUGGAGGCGGUGGUGGCAAUAUCGAUACGUAUAUUCCAAGUUAUAACACGAACAGACGACCAAGAGAUGACCGACCACCAAGAGAUGACCGCCCACCACGAGAUGAUCGUCGAGAUGAUCGUCCACGACAUAGUAAUGGAACUAGACAUGACUACGACAAUCGAGGUUCCCGAGAACCUCGGGAUAGUCGAAGUCGUAGUCCCAAUCAUGAUCGUGGGAGAGAUCGAUACAGAGACCGAGAGCCGAUAGGAGAUCCUUAUGCGCAUCGUCGUUGAUGCCACAUCGGUUUUCUCGGUACGUGGUUACAUUAUUAUUUUGUUCUUUUAGCGUUGGGGUCAUAGUUGCGAGGGUGGAGAUAAAUCUGCCUUCUUGAUAUUACAUUGCGAGAUCAUAGGAAGUGACUCGCACUUAGGGAUUGGCGUGGGUAGCUUUUGGCUUUGGCUUUGGCUGUAUCAAUUUGGCGUUUCUCACUUCAAUGUAAUUUUGGAAGCAUCAAUGGAAGGAGGAGGGUAUUUUCAAAUUCAGAGUACAAUGAAGGGAAUAAAAGGAAAGAGGGACGGCUGGUAACAGAGUGUUCGAUGUUUUGUCGAGCAAUCAAAUAUAUGAAGUUUUUAGGCCCCUCUAUUCGGCACGGGGAGAUAUCGGCAUGUAAUUUUAUAUGGGAGGAUGCAUCAAUGGAAAAGAACAAGAUCUCAUUUUUAAUCUAUUACAGAGAGAUUCAUUCGCAAGAGGUGCACCGUAAGUUGGAACCAUGAAUCAGUGGGUCUUAUGGAAAGAAAGGUAUGAUGGCGAAGAAUGCUAGUUACCUACCUAUCUUCGCUUUUGUAUUAUUGUACACAUCAUAUCAUUUUAAAGAUCACAUCGCACUUUUAGAAGUCACACUUGGAAAUUGAGAAAGGAUUGUUCCACACGCGUUAGAACAGAAUACACAUA